CGACUCAGAUUCAGAAGAGGAGGAGCAGGAUACACAACAAAAAGAGAAAGGAGUCUCUAAUAAAAAGAAAAAGCUCCAACGUCGAAUGAAGAUUGCUGAACUGAAACAGAUUUGUUCAAAGCCUGAUGUAGUUGAGGUAUGGGAUGCCACUUCUGCAGACCCUAAGCUAUUAGUGUAUCUCAAAUCAUAUCGCAAUACUGUUGCAGUACCUCGGCACUGGUGUCAGAAAAGGAAAUUUUUGCAGGGAAAGCGUGGUAUUGAGAAACAGCCUUUUCAACUUCCUGAUUUUAUUGCUGCCACAGGAAUUGAGAAAAUUAGACAAGUGAGACCAAAGUUACCCCUUUGUAGUUUUAUCACUAUCAUGCUAAUGUGAUUUAGAAGUUGCCUUCUAUAAUCUAUGUUAAUCACACUGAAGCAUAGUAAUUGCA